AUGGCCACUGUGCUACCGGGAAAAAUCUCAAAGCACGUCUUCGAAAAAGCGUUUCCAGCCACUCUCAAAGAUACUGGUAACGUCCAUCAAGACUGGGUGGUCACCUUCAAAGCAAUCAUACAAAAAUUUGUGCGAGACCUCGACUACCAACCAGAAGACCCUAUUACAGACGACAAUUCGACGUAUAGAGCUGUACGAUCCGAGUUUUUAAUGAAGUACGACAAUGGAAAUGAAUGGUUCGACCAAAUGUACCGCACUGCGGUUACUAUGGGAGAGCUUCCCUACCGUGAUCAUGCACCAGAAAUUCGACUGGAAGUUGCUCGAUUUACUUGCUUUCUACUUCAUGUAGAUGAUCUCGGGAAUGAUUUUAACACUCUUGACGGUCUCCAGAUGAGAAUUCUUAUGGGCGAAAACUCUGAGGGAGAUUUUCUGCAAGCAUUUCGACAACAUCUCAUUGGGUUUUACAAGCUCUAUGAUCCUAUUCCUGCAAAUUCAAUAACACUAUCAGCUAUCGACUGUAUCAGCGGCAUGCUACUGGAACAAGAUGAUUCCGUUCGCGAAAUGAAGCUUUCGGGCAGUUCAAAGUCAUGGCCCAACUAUUUGCGUAGAAAGACGGGUUGUGCCGAAGCCUAUGCAUUUAUGCUCUUCCCGAAGGCCCUAGACGUUGAUCUGGCUGAUUACAUUUCGAUCAUCGAGGAUAUUUCUUUUUUUACAAAUGCUGUGAAUGAUAUUCUAUCAUUUUAUAAAGAAUUUCUCGGUGGUGAGACUGAUACCUAUGUAUUCUUGCGUGCCCGGAUUUCCAACAAGCCGCUCGAUGAGACACUGCGACUUGUGGUUGAUGAAACUAUCGAGGCAUAUGCCAGAGUCACAAAAGCCCUGCAGUUUACAAAAGCAUUCAAGACGUGGAAACGAUAUGUCAAUGGGUAUCUCGGUUUUCACUUUACCUUGGCACGUUAUCGCCUAAACGAACUAGGAUUAUGA